AUGAGAAUAAUGGUUCACAUACUUCAGGCAGUGAGAGAUAGAGAUGAAAACACAUGUAUUUUGUCGUCAGAAACUGAUAUUAUAAUUAUGGCAUUAUAUCACUUUAGAACAUUUGAAGCACCAGAAAUAAAGGAACUUUGGAUAAAAGUAGGAGCAGGAGUUACAAAACGAGAUGUUCCAUUAUAUGUUAUAGCUGUUCGAUGUGGAAGGAAAACUUGUUCGGUACUUCCUGCACUUUAUCACUUAACAGGGGCAGAUUAUACCAGUAAAGUUUGGACCAAACAUGCUCCCUCUCAUGUCGAACCACAAAAUCAUCUGUCAAGUUUUGUACCUAUAAGUUUGUCGAAUACCGAAAUUAAAAAGUCUAUUGGAGAUGCAGAAGAAUAUUUGGUAAAAGUAUUACGAAAAAAUACUUCAUGCAAAAUGUUUAAUGAGCUGAGGUUUGGAUGUAUCAUCACCAAAAUAGUGUUUCUUUAG